AAAAAAAACUAAAUCAAAAUUUAAUUAAUUUAUAGUAAAGCAAUGGAUUAUAUGCAUUCAAACGGACCUUUAAAAAGGUAGACUUUAUUUAUGGGUCAUACAACUAAAUCAAUUAAUGUUGAUGAUCCUAUACCAUUAGAAGAUGUAAAUGAAAGCAAUUAUCAUUAGGGAUAGAAAGAUGGAAGCAUUUAUUUUGAAGAUAAAACAGUCCUUUAAGAUGACAGAUCAUUUUGUGAUGUGGCGUCAAGAAAUGAAUUUUCUUCAAAUCAAUCUUAAUAGAAUAUAAGAAAUGUGAUAUUUGAGAUUAAUAAUAAACUUAAUAGAUACGAUGAAAAGAGCGAUAAAUCUAAAAGAAUAUCAAUUAACUAAUAAAAAUGCUUAUAGAAAUAGCAUUAAAGUGAGAAAAGUUUCCUUAGUAGUCCAUAAAAAAUCUGUAAAGUAGAAAAUUUAAAUGAAAUUCAAUAAAUAUAAGAAAUAACUAAUAAUUCAAGUAAAUACAAUCAUGAAUCCCAAACUAAUUAAAAAAUAAUAAACGUUCCAAAAUCCUACUCAAUAUUUGGGUAAGUAAAAAUUAACUUAAUUGUUAAAAAAUUUGUGAACAAAUUAAUGUAGACCUUGGAUUCAAAUGUGUUUUAAUAGAUUCCAGAAAAAUAAUUUAAUAUUAUCAAUGAUCCUUCUUUUUGUUACUAAUUUCAUCACAUGAAUGAUUUAUCAGAUAAAUAGAAAUCUUAAAUUGAUAUGCAUAAAUCUUUAAGCUAAAUCUAAUUCAAUUAUAGCUAAAGAGUAAAUUCGCUGAGUAGUUUUUUGAACAGUUCUAACUAUGUUUUCAUGCCAGAGUCACUAAUAGUAUUCGUUUGGAAUGUAUUCAAUCUUUUGAUGAUCAUCUACAAUUCAUUUGAAGCCAUUAUUUUGUUAGGCUUUAAUAAAAAUACUGUUUAUCCGUUAUAUGUUGAGUCUAUUGUUUUUUACUUUUUAGAUUGUCUAAUCUAAAUGAACAUUGCAAUAUUUAGAAAAGGGCAGAUAAUCACAUAAAGAAAGAUUAUAAUUAAUACAUUUAUGAAAGAACAGCUUAUCUACACAGUACUUGGGAUGAUUGGUAUUAUUUUAUCUGCAAAUUUUAAAUACUGUAAAAUGCUUUUUCUUAUUCGCUCAUUGCAGAUUCCAAUAAUCUAUCGUGAAAUAGAAAGCAAAUUAAAUAUAAGAAUUAAAAUGAAACAUCAAUCUGAGCUUUUGAAGCUUAUUUUUUUUAUACUUUCAGUUGCUCAUUUAGUAGGAUGCUCAUUUAGAUUUGUUGGGUUAAUGGAAAUUAGCUAGGGUUAUGAUAAAACUUGGUUAGGUGAUAGUGAUUAAGAUAACUGGGUUUAUGAUUAUAUUAAUUGCAUAUAUUGGGCAGUAGUUACUAUGGUAACGCUUGGUUAUGGUGAUAUAAUUCCAAUAACAAUAGCUGAAAGGUUCUUUACUAUAUUCAUUGUGUUAAUAUCAUGUGGAGUUUUCGGUUACUGCAUUAAUCAAGUAGGCAUGAUUAUUUAAUCUAUAGGUAAAGAAAGAGAAAAUUUUAAUUAAACAAUGGAUAAGUUAAAUAUUUUUAUGAAGGAGAGAAAGUUCAACCUAUAAAUUCAAAUGAAAAUCAGAAAGCACUUUGAGUAUAAGUUUAGGAUACAAAAUAAAAACUCCAUAUAAAUCGAUUAACUGCUUGAUUAAAUGCACGAAUCGCUAAAAUAUGAGACCCUUAAAGAACUUUACAAAAAAAUGUUAUAAUAAACAUCCAUCUUUAUUGGAAACUUUUCUGAUGUUUGCAUAGAUGAGCUCAGUCAAUAUAUUUAGGAGAUAAAUUUAGUACCAGAUGAGUUUUUGUAUUAAGCUGAAGAAUAAUCUGAUUUAAUAUAUUUUGUUUUGAAGGGAGAGUUUACAGUUAUUCCAAAAGACGAUCAAGUUAAUCGCAUUUUAUCUAUAGAAAAGAAAGGAUCUAUAAUAGGAUAAUAUGAGUUUAUUUCCUAGAAAUAAAGAGAGUUUUCUGUGAAAUCAAGAGAUUUUUCUUGUGUUGCAGUUAUAGAUUACUAAUCCUUUAUCAAGGUCCUUUAAAAACAUCCUAAAGAUUAUGAAACAUUUUGCUUUAUUAAAGAUAACAUUUAAUUUUGUAGCUGCCUUAAUAAAACAGAUAUCAAAUGCUCUUUCUGUUAGGUUAAUGAUCACACUAUAAAUUACUGCAAAAAAUACUAAUUCAUUCCUAAUAUAUUGAAUAAAAUUAAAAACUAGAAAUCAACAAUUUAGCUUUCAAGAUAAUAAUUUAGCAGAAAAAAGAAAUUUAAAUGGAAUUCUUUUAAAAAUAUUUAUUAAAUGAGUUUUUAUGCUAAUAAGUUUCUUGAAAAAUUAUAAAGUUAACAAAGACUGUAGUAAUAGUAAUAAUCUGACUCGUCUUUGACAGAAGAUACAUCAAGCUAGACUGAAGAUAUUAGAAUUAUUGAUAGUUAAAAUUAACUAGAAUAAUAAUAUGUUACUUAGGUAACAUAAAGUUAGAAGAGGGCUUCCUUGGUAUUAGACGAUAUUAUUUCGCCAACUAAAAAAAAUCUAAGAUAAGUUGGUUCAAAGCUACCAUCUACCACAUAAAUAAAAGAAAAUGAACCUCGUGCAUCUACUAAAAAAAUAUCAUUUAUUCUAAGCACAAAUGAUUUAGAAAAUGGAUAAGAAAUUUAGAUAUUGGAUAAACCUGAAUAUACAAAAAAUAAUUUAACAGAAAAACAACCUCUAUUGCACUCAUAAUUAGAAAAUAUGUAUAAAUCUGAGAAGUCACCAGUACUAAUUCGAAGAGAAAGUGGGAAAAAGGAAUUGACUAUGAUGAUUUCUUAAAAUAAAUUAAAUUAGGCAUACUUGAUAAAUUAAUUGAGCUAAUCAGGUACCUAGCAUGAAAAUAAUGAUUUUGAUUUAAUGAAAGAAUAUAAAAUUUAUUUUCCAUCAUAAAACUGUGUGUAAAUAUUGAAAGAGUAUAAUUUAGCAAGAAAAAAAAAACUAUAAAAAAUGAAAGUGUAGACAAAGACUUCAUUCUCAGGUAUUAAAAAAAAUUAAAAAACAAUAGAUUAAAAAAAUAAUAAAACGAGCAGGACCUCUCUCCCUUCAUAAAUACAGUCUUAAUAAUUCUUAUAAAAGUGAAAUAUAAAAAUUAUUUUUUAAAGUUUUGUAAAAAAUGUAUUUUUUUCUAAUAAACUAAAAAUUAUUUUUAUUUCCUUAAAUUAAUUUUAAUUUAAUUUAACUAAAUAAUAUCAAUAUAUAAAUAUAAAAAAUUAGAAAAUACAAUAAAAAUGUCACAA